ACAAUUAUCAUGGGCCCUUAUCGUAUUGAAGAUUUGCCUCAAGACCUUCAAGAAAUCGCAGUAGCUGAUUUUACCUUCCAAAACUGGGCUAAAACAUUCAAAUGUAAGCCUGAGUUAUUGUUUGAACCUACUACAGAAGCUCAAGUUCAAAAAGUUAUUUUGUUAGCAAAAAAGCUAAACAAGACACUCAAGGCCUUUGGUGCUGGUCACUCACCUUCCGAUCUUGCUUGUUCUCCGGGAUUCAUGAUCAACAUUGACAAAAUGAACAAUUUGCUCAGCGUAAAUUCAAAGGCUUGUCAAGUCACAGUGGAAGCUGGUAUGAAUUUACACAAAUUACAUAAAGUCUUGAGAGAAAACGGACUUGCGCUUAGUAACUUGGGUUCCAUCUCUGAUCAAACCAUUGCUGGUGUCGUGGCCACUGCCACACACGGCACAGGUGCUCACUUUGGUUGUCUUUCAACAAUGAUCGUCGAUUUGACUUUAAUCACAGCCGAUGGCGAAAUUUUGUUUUGCUCACCAAAUGAAAAUCAAGAUGUAUUCCAAGCUGCUCGUUGUCAUUUAGGUGCUUUGGGUAUCAUUACUCGUAUGACUUUACAGGUAGAGCCUGAUUUCAGGCUGGAGGCCAUCCAAAAGCCAUACAGGUUUUCUGAUAUUCUGAACGAUUGGGAUGCUGUCAUACACUCUUCUGAACACACUCGUGUCUGGUGGUACCCUCAUACUGAUGACUGUGUUGUUUGGAGAGCCAAUCGUACCGACAAGGAAAUAAUGCGUUCAGGCCCUAGUUUCCUUAUGGAACGUGGUUUCGGUUUCCAUGUCUAUCAAGCUUUGUUAAAUAUCACUCGUUAUAGUACUUCGCUGAUUCCCUACCUUACCAAAAUGAUGUUUAACACCUUGCACUCUCAGUCCGUUCAUGUUGUGGAUAAAUCCAACAAGGUCUUUAACUUUGACUGUCUCUUCCCUCAAUAUGUGAAUGAAUGGGCUAUUGAUUGGAAGGAUGCUCCUGCUGCUCUUCGCAAAUUAGACAAGUUCAUCAACGAUAAUGAUCUUAAAGUUCAUUUCCCAGUAGAAAUUCGUUUUGUGGAUGAGGAUGAUGUUUGGUUGAGUCCUGCUUAUGGUCGUAAGACAUGCUAUAUUGGUGUCAUCAUGUACAGACCUUAUGGUAAGCCAGUGCCAUACAAGAAAUACUGGAAGGGUUAUGAGGAUAUUAUGCGUGAAUACAAUGGCCGUCCUCAUUGGGCUAAAGCUCACGGUCAAGGCAAAGAAGAACUGGAAGCUUCUUAUCCCAGAUUUAACGACUUCUUGAGAGUUCGUGAAAAGGUCGAUCCUCAAGGUAUCUUUUUGAAUGAUUAUUUGAGACGCCAUGUUACAAUACCUAGACCGACAAAGGCAGAACCAACUGUUGUACAAGUCGCUAAGCUUUAGAUUUUAUAUCCCUCUUUCUCUAAUAAAUGUG